AUGGCUAGUCUCCCCUUCGCCAGUGUUGAGGGGCAGGGCAGGAAGAAGCAGACCGUUUCCGACUAUGAUAACAACCUCGAAGCCAACAGUAUGAUGGGAAACUGGGUGCCGAUUGGGCAGUGGCGGGAUGUGCACGGCGACUGCAAGUCCAGCACCGGUGGAAAAUGGACGAUGAAAACCAUGCAGACGUCCUCGAGAGAAUACAAGGUCAAGAUUCUGGAGGGUGGGAGUGGGAUUUAG